UCUAAGGUUUUCUGGUGGGCCCCUGGUAUCCCAGUCCGACACUGUAUAUAUGACCCCCUCCCUGCCUUCUACCGGGAUAGUUCACUAUUCCAGAAAGUGCCCCUGGGGUGAUGACGCGGUGACGUGAUGCGCUGGGGCAGAGGACGUGCUUAGCAGUGAGGCAGAAAGAUUGUGGCCAGGCCCAGAGCAGGACCCCCUACUCUCCCCCUACUUUGCCACCCACAUGCACAGUGCUCUGUAAUAAAAAAAUAAAAUAAUUUCAUCGCAAAUUGUUAUAGAAUGAACAGUUUAAUAAGGAACCUCAAAAAGUAUAGCUUGUCUAUUAUAUAAGUGCCAUCACAAAUCAAAGAUGACCUAAACAAUUCAUAACUAAAGUGAUUGCUUUUAUUAAUUCUGUUAAGCUAUAUGGCUUUUUUAGACUGCAGCUUAAUGCCUUGCUCCAAGGGGAAAAAUAAAUAUAUAGUGUUCAUUUUGUGAAAAAUACUGUUGUUGCUCAAGGAUUUUAACAGACACUGGUAAGGUUAUUCUGUAGUUAUAUUAUUCAAUUGUAUGCUUUUCCCACAGUUAGGGUUGCCACCUUUUCUUGAAAAAAAUACUGGCCUUCCAAUAUUUUUAUGCAUUUCCCCCUAUUAAUAAUAUUGGGAUCAAGCUUCAUUUUUACCGGCCAGGUGGCGACCCUACCCACAGUCUGACCCCCCAAUAGCCCCCUGUUUAAAAAGUUUGAGGACCCCUGGUCUACACCUUCUAAUAAAAUUAAAUUACUGAAUCGGCCUGCAAGUGGCAGCUUUUCUAUGGUUCAUGCUUUGGCCACUUUAGCCCAGUCACAGUCUGCAGCCUGAUUAAUGAACAGAGGUGAUGUUUUGUUGGGAAGCACCUCCAGCCCUUACAAAGAUGAGUGAAUGGGCACUACAUGUAAAAUAAAUAAAAACAUAUAUCUUUAUUUAUAUCAGGUGUUUUGUGCUAGGGUUUGUGAAAGGAUAGGCAUUUUCUCAACAGGAUGAUGCAAACUUCUGUAACUUAUGAAAGAACAUGCCCCGCCUAAUUAAAACGAAAAUCUAUGAGUUAUCCAGUAGGUGACAGUAUAGUUCCUGCAGUGUUGCCAUUGGGAAUCUCUUAGCCUUUACCUGUCGAUACAGUUUAUUUACCUGGAAGACUGGCUGAAACACGAACGAUUGCACAGGUUGGUGGAACCCUGACAGAGUUGUCCAUACACAGUGCAGCCCCAGACAACCAAUGUCAAGAGAAGACAAGGAAGAGCAGGAGGAUGAACUGCUAGCACUCACUAGUAUAUACUCAGAAGAUGAAUUCAAGAGAUCGGAGACUGCGCCAGGAGGGGAAAUUUGUGUUUGUCUGGAUCUUCCUCCAAACUUUAACGUGGCUAUAAAAAGUGACUGUGCAUCUAAUGAAUACACGGAAAGCUUUGAGGGUAUUGUUUCUUUCCUACCUCCUAUCAUACUGAACUUUGAGCUGCCUCCAGGAUACCCAUCCACUAAACCUCCAGCCUUCAAGCUUAGCUGCAAGUGGCUUUCUCCAAGUCAGCUUGCCCAGCUGUGUCAGCGAUUGGAUGACCUAUGGGAGGAAUAUGCAGGAGGUGUUGUUUUAUUUGCUUGGAUGCAGUUUCUCAAAGAGGAGACUCUGGAGUACUUGAAGAUCAACUCACCAUAUGAAAUACAAGUUUGUGGGUUUGGAUCUCAGAGUAUAAAGAAUAACCUGGGGGAAUGUGAUACCUGUAGUGCCACAGGCCCAGCACAAGCAGAGAUUUGGGACAAUCGGGCUAUCCAGGACAUGGAAUCUGUCUCUGCAAUUAUCAAGUGCAUCUUGGACUUUAAUGAGACUCAGCAGAAGAAGUGCUUUGAUAGCAAACCAUAUAUGUGCAACAUUUGCUUCUCAGAAAAGCUGGGCAGCGAGUGCACUCACUUUAAGGAUUGUCAGCAUGUCUACUGCAACGAAUGCCUUAAGGAUUAUUAUACAGUUCAGAUACAGGAUGGGCAGGUCCAGGCACUUAACUGUCCUGAACAAAAGUGUCCUUCUGUUGCUACACCUGCACAGGUGAAGGUGCUUGUUGGGGAGGAAUUGUUCAGCCGCUAUGACCGUCUUCUAUUGCAGUCCAGUCUGGAUCUGAUGGCAGAUGUGGUGUACUGUCCACGUCAAGGCUGUGAAACUCCAGUCAUGCUGGAGCCUGGGGGCACAAUGGGAAUUUGUUCCAACUGCAGUUACGCUUUUUGUACCCUUUGCAAAAUGGCCUACCAUGGAGUUGCAAAUUGUUAUAUAAAAGAAAAGAUUAUCUCAGCGUCUGAUGAAGACCAGGAGGCAGGUGAAGCUGAGUGGACCCCAGAAGAUUUUAGCUACGUGCGUGAUGAAUUCCUGGCAGCAGAUAAGGCUGGAAAGAAGUUACUGGUGGAGGAAUAUGGCAUGGAAUUCAUAAAAAAAGCAGUGGACAAGGAAUCUACUGAAUGGCUGAAGAUGAAUUGCAAGAGUUGUCCAUACUGCAGUGCCAAAGUCCAGAAAAAUGGAGGCUGCAACAUGAUGUUAUGUAUAAAAUGUCGCACAAGUUUCUGUUGGCUGUGCUUGACUGUACUGACCAAGACAAACUGCUACAGUCAUUUCAAUGAAUCUUUGUCUUGCGACCAGUAUGCUUUGUGAAGAUAGGCAGUAACCCAAAACAUGAACACUAACCAUCAGCACAGUAAUGCCGCUGUUAUUACAUUCACUAAAAAUAGUUCAGCAGAUGUUAAUGUAAUUGACAUCUGAAAAAUUGUAAUAAUGUAUAUUGGAAAGUUGCUUUCAUUCUUUAGACAAAUUUUUGUUUUGGGGUUGACUUGCCCUUUAAAUGUGGUAAAAAAAUUUGAGGUGACCUCGGAAAACCUUAUUUUUUGGGGAAAUACAUAUGUAGAACAAUCUGAAAUUGGUAAAUAUGUCUUUCUACACCAAACUACAAAACUGCAAAGCUUUCCUAAAUGUAACGGUUUUUAUAAAGUUUCUGGAAUUUGCCACAAAGCUUGCACUCUACAGCAUAUUAUCUCCUGCAUGUCAUUAAGUACCAAGAUAAAAGGCUCAGCAACUUUACGUAAUAUAAAACCAGAUACAUCAAUUUUUGUAUACCCAACCCACAUCAACCUCUUUGGUAUUCAUCCAUGUAUUUUAUAUGUAAAUAUGGAUUAGACUCAUUUAGCAAUAGUCAUUUAUUAUGGAGAGGAAAUUCCAAAGUAGACGCAAAAAGUUUUACAUUUUCUGCUAACCUUGUCAGCUAACAUAGGCAACUGCAUAAUAGCACUCUUUCCUUAUAUUGUACCGUACAGAGUUAAUCAGCAGCCACAAUCUUGUAAGGUAAAUAAUUUAUUAUUAUUUUCAAGAAUUAUCCAAAAAUAGUAAUUUUACUUAACAUUAAAGUGGAAAAAUAUAUUUAAAAGCCAAGUUUCACUGUUUAACUUUCUUUACAAUUUUUCAAAACACUUUCAAAUUAACUAUCCAAUUUGUAAAAAACAGAGUAAACAGAAUGGCAAUCCUUGUAAACUGCUAGAAUAUGGAAACAAUCCGUAUACAUGUGGGAAUAGCAGCACCCUUGGGUCUACCUGUUACUGUGGAGAUCUUCUGGCCGGGGGCUGCAGGGAAGUGAACUUUCGAAGUAACAAAGCUUCAAAUUUCGACCAAAAUUCGAUUUGAAAAAACUUUGAAAAUUCGACCACUGAAAAAUGGAAAAUCGAAGUACUGUCUCUUUAAAAAACUUUGACUUCGACAUUUCGCCACCUUAAACCUGUCGAAU